CCGACCCAUCAGCAAGACAAUGUGGCUGUAAAUGGAAUAGCAACACAAUCUUCUCUAUAUAUGACAUUUUAUGCUUCCCGUGCUAUUGACGGCAACAGAGCAUCAUCCCUGAGUUCCGGCUCAUGUGCACACACAAAUCUGAACUACAACCCAUGGUGGAGAGUGGAUUUGUUGGGAGUGUAUGAUAUUAAGAAUGUAAUCAUCACAAACAGGGGUGACGGCUAUGCAGAGCGGAUAAAUGGUGUGGAGAUUCACAUUGGCAACUCCAUAGUCAACAACGGCAACAAUAACCCCAGAUGUGUUGUUAUCUCUAGCAUCCCUGCUGGCGCCUCUGAAAAUUACAUCUGCAAUAUGCGGGGUCGUUACGUGAACAUGAUCGCUCCCAAUGUUUCCAGGUAUCUCAAUUUCUGUGAAGUGGAAGUGUACGGGUUUCCAGUACUUGCUAAGACAGCAUUUCUGAGACUAAAAUUUAACAGCAGUGAGGAUCUCACCAAGUCUACCAUGAGGGACAACGUUCUUCAAAAGAUGAAAUCUGCCAAUGUCCAGUCAUCAAUAUUUCAGAUCAGUUGGACAAAGGAACCAGAACUGGAAACUGAAACUUAAAACAAAAAAAGUGGCAGAAAUACGUCUUAAAUACAACACUGAGAAGAAGAAUAAUUGGUCAAAGAACAACAACAACAAAAAGAACAAAUGUGUGAGGUUUUGGUGUAGCGUAUGGAACAACUAGCUAGAGGAUGAUAUAUACUUAUUGGUUAGAAGUACAGGCUUGUUUGUGU